UGGCCUAUUGUUUUACCCACAAUGCCUUGAAAGACAUCCUUGCUUUUCUGUGUCAGUCAUUCUGCCUGCUAGGCGUGCACAUGUAUGAGAGCGAGCGUUUUUGUGUGUUCUCCGUUUGCGGACAUGCUGUUUAGUGUCACAAAGAAGACAAUGAGAAACCUUUUAUUGUCCUGGUGGAAUGUGGCAGGAGAAGACAACGGGGGAGUAUGUCAUCGUCCCGAGUGCUUGGCACCAGUGUCCAGUCGGCUUGCACCAUGACACACCACGGCAUGAGAGAGACAGGUAAACAAAACGACAAAAAGAAAGAGAGAGAGAGACGUGACAGUAAACAGUCCUGCACUACUGACUAGAUAAAGGAGUUUGAGGAUGGUAGGAUGGUGUGUUUCUUAAAAAAGAGCUUUUUAAACCAUCUUGUCCACAGGAACGAAUGACUGCUGUUCAGGACACAUGAUCACACUUCACACAGUUUGAGUCUGAAUCAAGGAUCAGAAACAUGCACUGACAACAGGCAAUACACACACCAGUCUACUGCAGCAUCUGAGAGACCCCGGAGAUGGAGCUUCUCCCCCUGAGUGUGAUGAGUCCCGGGGCUACCCUUCGUCUCCAAGCAGACCCUCUGUGGCUCCAGCGCCAAGCCGUGGAGGAGCAGGUGGAGCUGUGGUGGUUCAGCGAGCCGCAUGUGUCUCUCCUGUGCUACUGCUUUUCAGUGGCCAUGGUUCUGAGCCUGGGCUCGGCCGGCGUGGGGCUCCUCUCGACCGCCUCCUCCGCCGCGGGGCCCUCGGUGCUGUGGCGCUUGGGCGUAGGUUCUACUCUCUGUCUCCUGGCACUGGUGGUCCUCAUGAAGCAGCUGCUCAGCUCUGCAGUGCAGGACAUGGGCUGCAUACGCAGCCGCAGACGCAUCGAGCAACUGCGCAGUGGAGGAACGGUGGAUCCCGUGCUGUUGCUCUUCUCUGGUUUGGCACUGGUGGUGUGUGGGACUACACUUCUCAGUCUCGCUCAGCUGGACUUGCUGCUCUCUGGCGUGACCCUCCUGGCCAGUGGGGGCGCUGUGGUCCUAGGUGUGAUGGCGUAUGGAGUGAUGGUUUAUGUGCAAGGAAGGAGAAACACAAGAAGGCGAAGACGACGGAGGGUGAGAGUGUAUACAGUGACAGGGCAAAGGAACCGACCAUGGAGGGAAUCAACUUCCAGUCAGUCGAAUUUGUUGUGAAAGGAGAACAGAGAAUUACAUCUAGCUCUUGUUCCUACAUGAUAUUAAGACCUAUUUGCACAAACUGGUGUGGUAAAACACAAUAGGAGCUUCAUUGGUUUUCAUUCAUUUUACACCUGUUAUACUUGCAAUUUGGCUAGAAAGACUUCUUUAUUGGCAAUCAAACACCUCCAAAUCAAAUGCUUGCUUUGCCAUUUCUCAUUUUACAUCUUGACUUAUGAGUACCAGGUGAUGGAAUUAGAAGUCA